AUGAUUGAUACAUUGUUUCAUCGGGUUUUGUCGACUAUACAAUAUCAUCAAUUUAUUGCUGGUCUUUUCGGUGGAAUUAUUUCAUCGAUUGUUCUUCAUCCAUUUGAUCUCAUUAAAAUACGAUUUCAAGUUACAGAAUCGAAAUCAAAUAAAAGUGAUCGGCCAUUACCCUAUCGACCUUAUUAUAAUAAUUUCGUUGAUGCAUUUCGAUCCAUCUAUCGCGAAAAGGGUCUUCAAGGUUUAUAUGAAGGCGUAACACCAAAUGUUGUUGGCAAUGGAAUAUCAUGGGGUCUCUAUUUAUUUAUUUAUAAUACCAUCGUUGUCUUAAAUAAUGAUGAAGAUAAAAUAAAAAGUUUAGCAUUUUUAUAUCGUGUGAUCUAUUCAACAACAGCCGGUUUAUUAACAAUUAUUUUAACAAAUCCAAUAUGGGUUAUCAAAACACGUAUGUGUUUACAAUAUUCAAAAGGCAAAUCAUCGGCUACCUACGAUGGUAUGCUUGAUGCAUUUCGAAAAACGUAUCAAAACGAAGGCAUACAAGCAUUUUAUAAAGGUCUUACACCUGGUCUGUUUGGUAUAUUUCAUGGUACAAUACAAUUUUCUUCGUACGAACAAAUGAAAAGUUUUUACAUGAACGCAUUUGGAAUAACAUAUUGUCCUACGCCAAUUAUUUUGACAUUUUCGGCUCUAUCAAAAUUUAUUGCUGCUACAUCAACAUAUCCAACACAAGUUGUACGUACCCGUUUGCAAGAUCAACAUCAACAUUAUAAUGGUGCAAUAGAUGCUAUUAAGAAAACAUACGAAGGAGAGGGUAUUAGCGGAUUUUUUAAAGGCGUUGUACCAGCACUUUAUCGUGUUAUACCAGCUAGUUGUAUAACAUUUGGUUCCUAUGAAUUUAUUUUAAGAGAAUUGAAAAGUAUGACUACGUAA